AAUUCCCACUUAUUCCAAGGCACAUGAUGAUCCUUCCACACGGCAACAAGGUUGGUUCGUGGAAAGGAAAGUGAUUUAAAUUUAAAUAAGAAUCAAUGGCCAAUGCUGUGUAAUAAUGUGCAAGAAGUUCAAUCUGUGACUGAAAUAUUAGAUAGGAUUAUAGCCGUCAAAUGUAAAAGAUGUGUCCUAUAUCCGGUUUCCUGCAAUCUUUAAUAGUCAUAUUUACAUUGCUCCUGGUAUGUCAUGCAGUACUAGUCAAGAGCUACCUGAGCAUAACCUUCAACCCGAAGAAUGUUACUCUUUUUAUGUAUGAUAACGUCACUGUGGAGUAUAAUGUAACUAAUACUGAUGGACUUACCGAAUGUGUUCUCUAUAGCGAGAAUCUGCACGUCGCCUUUAUCGAAAAAGAAAUUGUACUGCGCCAUCCGAACCAAACGGGGUCUUUUAACUUAACAGGAAACUUUUUAGGCCAAACCGUGAUAUCUUGCAAAAACAAGUUGACCAACGAAAAAGCCAGCGAAAACCACCUCAAAGUGAAAUGUCUCAGGAAACAGCGACUUAUAGACCGAAUUUUCACCGGAUCCACUGCAACCUUAGUGGCAAUUAUUUAUAUUAACUUCGGUUGCGUGGUUCAAUGGGCCGAAUUAAAGAAUCUCAUUAAAAAACCCGUUGGGCCAGUCAUAGGGUUUUGUGGUCAGUUCAUUGUUAUGCCACUGCUCAGUUAUAUAAUCGGUUAUCUAUUAUUCCCCAAUGAUCCCGCCAUGCGAUUAGGAAUGUUUUUCACCGGAGUAUCACCGGCAGGGGGCGCCUCGAACAUAUGGACCGCCAUCUUGGACGGUAAUAUAGAUCUGUCAAUUUUAAUGACUACUAUUAGUACCAUAGCCGCCUUCGGUAUGAUGCCCGUGUGGCUUUUUACUUUGGGCAGGACCAUUUUUACUGAUGCUCACUUAGAGGUUCCUUAUGGUCACAUCUCGAGCUACGUGUUCGCCUUAGUAGUUCCUUUAACAAUCGGUUACUUAAUAAAUAGAUACUUGAAGAAAACUGGUGCAUUUUUAGGCAGGAUAUUAAAAGGAUUCUCCUCCCUUUUAAUAUUGUUCAUCAUCAUAUUCGCUAUUGUGACGAAUUUGUAUUUAUUCGAGCUUUUUUCGUGGAGAAUUGUGGUGGCUGGCAUGGGUCUGCCAUGGUUAGGGUAUUUACUGGGUUACAUUUUAGCGAAAAUUUUCAAACAACCCGCCCCGGAUGCUCUCGCUAUUGCAAUCGAGACCGGAAUACAAAAUACCGGAAUCGCGAUAUUUUUGUUGCGGUUCGCUUUGGAACCGCUGCAUGCAGAUCUUACUACAGUCGCGCCCGUUUCAGUGGCAAUAAUGACACCGUUUCCACUAACUGUCAUUUAUCUUUACAAAAAACUACGGGCACGUGAAAUUAAUUUUGUUCCCAGAUUCGCACCUCCGUAUCAAAAAACCGACGGGACGGAUCUCUGUCCGAGACGUCAAAGUUCAUUGAGCCAAACCUACAGACAAACGACCGGCAAACAGGACAGCGCGGUAGCAUGUCUGAGCUAAACAGACAAAUUAAUAAUUUGCUAUAGUGGUAGUUACCAAUGUCAAUGUCAAAAUUUAAGAAAGCUUUAUUUGUUAUGCGGCAAAGUACGAAUUUAUACAGUUUUUCGAGGACAUUCUUUCAUAUUGAAGUUUUUAUUUAUUAAAUCAUAUGAAGCUGUAUAGUAUCUCAAACCAAAAUUUGUAAUGUUUUUAGCUCUAAUUUGGUUGUAAAUUUAGCUCAUUUUUUCGAAUAGUAUUGUCCUUAAAACUGAAUGUUAGUUAUUUUUGGAAUUAAGAAAAGUAUAUUUAUACAGUCAUGUACACUAUUAGUAUUAUUUAUAAAAAGAUAUGUGCGCGAAAUAUUUUGUUAAUAAAGUUAUACGAGUUGAUGA